AGAAGCGGAGCAUCAAUGGUCGCCCGCAAAUUCCAGGUGCUCCACAAUGAUUCCAACUAUGAUCUUGAGUACGACACGGAUGAUGGCUUCGAAGUUUUUCAAUUCCAACUCUUCUCUCUCACUUUUGUUCCUCCCGACCAACAGAAGAUUUAUGUUGAUGAAGAUGAUACCCUAGUCGCCACUGACUCCGAUCUCCUUGCCAUUUCCGACAAACUCCGACUAAUCUCCAUCGAAGACGAACCUCAGCCCCAAUCGAACACUGAUCAAUCAUUGCAGUCUUUAUCCGAUGAGAAACUCGCUAAGCUCUUGCAGGAGGAGGAGGAAGCUCUCAUGUUGCAGCAGUUCAUGGCUCAUGGAGAUCCUCAAGAAUUUGAGCACCGAAUACGCCCUUACGUUAAACAAGUUCUUAUGUAUGAGGAUGCAGUGCGCCAGGAGGCUGCUCGGAAGACUGUUCCGAUGGAAGAGCUUGAGGAGAAAGCCUUGGUCUCUUUGGCCAAGGAGGGUAAUUUUAAUCCUUCAAAAAUAGAACGAGAUCAUGCUUUCCUGCUGCAGCUGCUUUUCUGGUUCAAGAAAUCCUUCAGCUGGGUGAAUGCACCAGCUUGUCAGGAUUGUGGCAACACAACUGUGGGCCAGGGUAUGACUGCUCCAGAUCCUUCCGAAACUUGUUUUGGAGCUUCCCGGGUUGAACUUUACCGCUGCACUCAUUGUUCCCAACUGACCCGAUUUCCUCGGUACAAUGAUCCAAUUAAGCUUGUGGAAACAAGAAAAGGUCGCUGUGGGGAAUGGGCAAAUUGCUUUACGCACUAUUGUCGAUCUUUUGGUUAUGAGUCACGCUUGAUUGUGGACCUUACGGAUCAUGCUUGGACAGAGUGCUUCUCUCACUUUUUGGGAAGAUGGAUGCAUCUUGACCCAUGUGAAGGAAUCUAUGACAAGCCAUUGUUAUAUGAAAAAGGGUGGAAUAAGAAAUUAAAUUAUGUUAUUGCUGUAGCGAAAGAUGGAACUUAUGAUGUCACCAAACGUUACACCAGGAAGUGGCAUGAGGUCCUAUCUCGACGUAUCAUGCUUACAGAGUCUUCUUUGUCAUCAAUACUCACUGUUAUAACAAAAGAGUGCCGAAGAGGCUUUGCACCUCAGCAACUUUCAAUGAUUGAAGCCCGCGAUAAGGAGGAAAACCAAGAAAUUGAGAGGAGUGUUCAUACUGAAGAUGAUGAGUCACUCUCAUUACCUGGAAGGAGAAGUGGGGAUGAAGAAUGGCGUAAAUCCAGAUUAGAAAUGGGUUCUGAUAAGGAUGGUAUAUUGAGUACGUCUGCUUGCCCAGUGCGUUUGUGCAUAGAUGAGCAUGUGACAAGAAUUUAUAAUGGAUUUCGCCCUGUCCUUCAUCAGUUUGUUGAGGAAGAACUAACAAAGUCUGAAGCUGUCAAAGUACUUGGGAUUAUUAAAGGAAUUAUCUUGGAUAUUUGUAAUUCACCUUUUAAAACAAGAAGGACCUCCAUUGAUUCAGUUCUAAAAGACCCAAAGUGGCAGAAACGUUUGCCAUCUUUUGAUGACCUACUUGAAGCUCUUUCACUGAAGAAACAGAAUACAGAUGGGAGGGUUGAAAUCUGCUUGGCAGGUAACCCUGUCUUAACUUCUUUAGCACUGCCCGUUGUGCUAAAUGCACUGGAUGACAUGAUGUACAAUCUUAACAAGUGUGAUAGCUAUGGGAAAGAUUCAAUUACCUUGCCCCUUCUUAAGUUAAACAGAAUACACUCUGGUUCAGUCAUUGCAAGUGCAGAAGAGUUGCCCUUUGGGAUUGCAACGUCAGCAUUUGAUGGAACUUGGAUAUCAAAAUGGGAAGAGCCAAAUGGUGCAAGAGGUGGUUGGAUUAUGUAUAAAACAUCUGGUAACAAGAUGUUUGAGCUUGCGGCAUAUGAGUUUAUGUCAGCCAAUGAUGCACCAGAAAGAGAUCCAAUGGACUGGGUUCUUGAAGGGAGCAACGACAAGGGAAUAAGCUGGCGAGUUUUGGAUAACCAAACCUCUCAGUUCUUUGAAGAGCGUUUCCAGCGGAGGACAUUCUUGAUCAGCUCAGAAAGUUUUCCAGCCAAUUUGUUCAGGUUUAGAUUUUUGGCAGUCAGAGAUGUUCAUUCUAAUUCCAGGCUACAACUUGGUAGCAUUGACCUCUAUGCAAAAUCAGUGUAAAAUGUGGGUUAAAUUCUCAACUGAAUUGAUACAUCGUAGUUGUCUGUAUUAUUUUCACAAUGUCAAUAUGUGAAAUCAAGUUUCACUCUCUUCAUUGUAAAGUCAAGUUCAUUGCCUGAAUUUGUAAGUUAUAUACUAGUAUGUGAUAAUCGAUAAGUACUUUUAAA